CAUAUUGGGAAAAAAGUUUAGAAUUUUCAACCUUCAACCGUCUGGCCUCAUCAUUGAUUUUCAUAUAUUCGUUCCGCAACUUUAUAUCUACCUCGAUUUUAAAAACCCAUUAUCGGCGGGGUGCCACCAUUUUAACACCUGGACAGAUUGAAGAAAUUAGACAUCUCAAAAAUAAGGUCCCAGUGUAUAUGAUAGUAAAUGAGUACCAUAUUAAUAAAGACGAUUUUGAGCGUUCACAGCAAAAUAGAAACCACUUUUUUGAGGAGCUUAGAAAAGCACAAUCUAUCUCUUCAGAGAAUGGUUCAGAAGUUCAUGCUAAACAACCUUGUGAAGCGUCUAAUUAG